CUCUUCUCCUUUCUCAUCCAUUCUUGGUGGGGCGGCAGGGCUGGAGAGACCUCCGGGGAGCACAGUCGCCAGUCCAUCACGGAGACCCACCUGGCCCCCCCCAAAAAAGAAAAAGAAAAAAAAAUCAAGAAACCCCCCCCUCUCCGCGCCUCACGCUUGCCAGGAUUGCAAAUAUCUCCAAAAAAUAUACCUGCUAUUUAUGGCAUGUGGCUUGUAACUUUACUCCUGCUGUACUCUCUCCAAGAAGUACACAGUGAGGAUGCGGGCUCUACCCGGCUGUACUUUGUGAAUGCCUCCCUGCAGAGGGUAACCUACUCCAGCUCGGUGGGGGUGUCCCUACCCUGUCCAGCAGGGGGCACCCCCAGUGCCAUUCUGCGCUGGUACCUGGCCACCGGCGACGACAUCUACGACGUGCCCCACAUCCGUCACGUGUACGCCAACGGCACCUUGCAGCUGUACCCGUUCUCGCCCUCUGCCUACAACAGCUACAUCCAUGACAACGACUACUUCUGCACUGCCGAGAACCAGGCGGGCAAAAUCCGCAGCCCCAACAUCCGCAUCAAAGCUGUUUUCAGGGAGCCCUACACUGUGCGGGUGGCGGACCAGCGCUCGAUGCGGGGCAACGUAGCUGUGUUCAAGUGCCUCAUCCCCACAGCCGUGCAGGAGUAUGUCAGUGUCGUAUCCUGGGAGAGAGACACGGUUUCUAUCGUUGCAGGUAACAGGUUCUUGCUGACCUCCUUUGGCGCUCUAUACAUCUCGGAUGUUCAGAAGGAGGAUGCCCUCUCCACCUACCGGUGCAUUACCAGGCAUAAAUACAGCGGGGAGACGCGCCAAAGCAAUGGAGCCAGGCUCUCUGUAAUGGACCCCAAUGAGUCCUCACCCACAAUCCUGGACAGUUUCCAAUCAGGGGAGGUGUACGCAGGCCAGAGUAUCGAGCUCCCCUGCAUAGCAGGAGGUUACCCCAGCCCGACUGUGCGUUGGCUAAAAGAUGGCCGACCGCUGCCCUCGGACGCCCGCUGGACACGGCGUUUGACGGGGCUGACCAUCAGUGAUCUGCGACAGGAAGACAGCGGCAACUAUGCAUGCGAAGUCACCAACAGCUUUGGCUCGAAGGAAGUGUCUGGACAGCUUCACAUAAUAGAUCCACUUCGAGUGACCUUAUCGCCCAAGAACCUGAAAACGGGAAUUAGCAGCACACUCUUCUUCACCUGCACUGUGGAAGGUUCUCCGGAAUACACCAUCAACUGGUACCGAAACACGGAACCCAUCUUCCCCGACCAGCACAUCUCCAUCCAGGGUCAACACAAUGACACCCUGCAGAUCACCGCAGCGCAAAAGUUCCACUCUGGGGCCUACCAGUGCUUUGCUUCACGCAAGGGCCACACAUCUCAGGACUUCUCCAUCAUUCUGCUCGAGGACGGUACCCCUCGUAUCGUGACGUCCUUCAGCGAGAAGGUGGUGAACCCCGGCGAGCCUUUCUCCCUCGUGUGUGAGGCCAAAGGAGCGCCGCCGCCUUCCAUCACCUGGACGCUCGACGACGAACCCGUGGUGCGAGACUCCACCUACAAGACCAGCCAGUACACCCAGUCCGACGGCCUGACCGUGUCCCACGUCAACGUCAGCAACCCGCUCAUCCGGGACGGGGGAGUUUAUCGUUGCGUCGCACGCAACUCGGCCGGCAGCGCCGAGUACCAAGCGCGCAUAAACGUAAGAGGUCCACCCCGAAUCAGACCCAUGCGGGACAUGACGGCAGUGGCAGGCAGGAACACGUACAUAACAUGCCGUGUCAUUGGGUACCCUUACUACUCCAUUAAGUGGCUGAAGGACGGCAUGCAGCUGCCCGAUAAUCACCGCCAAGUGUUGUUUGACAACGGCACCCUGCGGCUGACGGACGUGCAAAAGGGUGCCGAUGAGGGCACUUACCUUUGUAGUGUUCUGAUCCAACCCCAGGUGUCAAUCAACCAGACCGUGCAUGUUACCGUUAAAGUGCCACCUCUCAUCCAACCCUUCGACAUCCCCUCGACCUCAGUGGGGAAGCUCAUCUACAUUGCCUGCGUGGUGUCAUCCGGGGACAUGCCCAUACGUAUCACCUGGCACAAAGACGGCCAGCUCAUCGUGCCCGGGCCCACCUCUGGCGUCGCGAUCGAGACCAAAGAGUUCAUGAGCUCCCUCCAGAUUUCCAAGGUGACACUAAAACACAAUGGAAACUACACCUGCAUUGCCAGCAACGCCGCCGCCACCGUCAGCUGGGAGCGACAGCUCAUCGUUACCGUCCCACCGCGCUUUGUGGUGCAACCCAACAACCAGGACUGCAUCUACGGCAAAGCCGGAGUUCUCAACUGCUCUGUGGAGGGUUACCCGCCCCCAAAGGUGAUGUGGAAACAUGCCAAAGGUGUAGGAAACCCCCAGCAGUACCAUCCGGUCCCUCUAACUGGUCGCAUCCAGAUCAUGUCAAACGGAUCACUGCUCAUCCGACACGUGCUGGAGGAUGACCGAGGAUACUACCUGUGUCAGGCCUCCAAUGGAGUGGGCUCAGACAUCAGUAAAAGCAUGAUCCUCACUGUCAAGAUUCCCGCAAUGAUCACCAGCCACCCCAACACCACCAUGGCCAGGAAGGGCCAGACCAAGGAGUUGAACUGCACGGCCCGAGGCGAACAGCCCAUCAUCAUCCGCUGGGAAAGAGGGGACACGGUCAUCGACGCGGAGAGAAACCCCCGUUAUUCAAUCACCAUCAACAAGAAGGGCGAUGAAGUCAUCUCCACCCUAAAGCUGAACCCGGCAGACAGAGGAGAUUCCGUCUUCUUCUCUUGUCACGCCAUCAACUCCUAUGGAGAAGGUCGAGGACUCAUCCAACUCACUGUGCAAGAACCGCCAGAUCCCCCUGAGUUGGAAGUAAGGGAGGUGAAGGAUAGGAGCAUGAACCUACGCUGGAUCCAAAGGUUUGAUGGCAACAGCAUCAUCACGAGCUAUGACAUUGAGUACAAGAACAAGUCGGACUCCUGGGAUCAUAUGUACACAACCAGAAACAUCUCACCCACCAACAACCAAGCCAACAUUGUCGAGUUGCACCCGGCUUGCGUGUACAGCAUCCGCAUGUAUUCCUACAACAAGAUAGGCCGUAGCCUUCCAAGCAAAGAGCUGACGAUCAGUACAGAAGAAGCACCGCCUGAUGGGCCGCCAAUGGACGUGAUCCUGCAGCCCAUGACAUCACAGAGCAUUCGGGUCACAUGGAGGGCACCGAAGAAAGAGCUGCAGAACGGUGUUAUCCGUGGCUACCAAAUUGGCUACAGAGAAAACGGCCCGGGCAGCAACGGCCAAUAUAGUAUCGUGGAGAUGAAAGCUACUGGAGACAGCGAAGUAUACACCCUAGACAACCUCAAGAAGUUUGCUCAGUACGGAGUGGUGGUCCAGGCCUUCAACAGGGCUGGGACGGGGCCUUCUAGUACGGAGAUCAAUGCAACCACACUGGAAGAUGUGCCCAGCGAACCCCCUCAGAACAUACGAGCCAUCUCGGUCACGUCGGAUGAGGCGGUGAUCACAUGGGCAGAGCCUCCACGGCUGACGCUGCACGGUGUGCUGAAAGGCUACCGGGUUGUGUUUUGGUCCCUCUUCCCCGACGGAGGUGGGUGCUGUGGGGGCCGAGCCCAAUGGCCAAUGCAGAAGUGGGGAGAGAUGCAGAACAUCACAACCACACGUGAGCAGGUGGAGCUGCGAGGACUGGAGAAGUUCACCAAUUACAGUGUUCAGGUGCUGGCGUAUACACAAGCCGGCGACGGGGUCCGCAGCAAUGUGCUGCACAUCCAAACUCGGGAAGAUCUUCCCGGCCCACCGGCUGGCAUCAAGGCGGUUCCUUCGUCUCUUAGUAGCGUGGUCGUGUCCUGGUUGCCUCCCCACAAGCCUAACGGUGUCAUCCGCAAGUACACCAUUUACUGCUCCAGCCCGGGGUCUGGACAACCGGCUCCGAGUGAGUACGAGGCCAACCCGCAAAUGCUCUUCUACCACAUCACGCACCUGAGCCGAGGCAAACAAUACCACAUCUGGGCCGCUGCCGUGACGACUGCUGGCCGGGGCAACGUGAGCUCAAAGGUCAUCGUGGAGCCAGCCGGAAAAGUCCCAGCCAAAAUUUUGUCCUUUGGGGGAACGGUGACCACGCCCUGGAUGAAGGAGGUUCGUCUGCCCUGCAAGUCUGUGGGGGAGCCCGCGCCAACCAUCAAAUGGACCAAAGACAGCGACGACUCGGCCAUUCCAGUGACGGCUGACAGUCAGCGGCAGAUUUUAUCCAAUGGCACGCUGGUGCUGCGUUCCGUCAAGGCAGAAGAUUCGGGCUACUACACAUGCACGGCCACCAACACGCUUGGUUUUGACACCAUCAUUGUCAAUCUCGUCGUGCAAGUUCCUCCGGACCAGCCCCGCCUGACUGUCUCCACCACUUCCACCUCUUCCAUCACCCUGGCUUGGAUCCCGGGGGACAACGGUGGAAGUUCCAUCAGAGGCUUCGUGCUUCAGUAUUCAGUGGACAACACCGAGGAAUGGAGGGACGUUUUCAUCAGUUCCAGCGAACGUUCCUUUAGGUUGGACAAUCUGCGCUGUGGAACGUGGUACAAGGUCAAACUUGCAGCAAAGAACAGCGUCGGCUCCGGGCGCAUCAGUGAGAUUAUUGAAGCCAAAACACACGGCAGAGAGCCCGUGUUCAACAAGGACCAGCCACUGCUCACCCACAUCAACUCCACCCAUGCAGGCCUCAACCUGCAAGGUUGGACCAGCGGCGGUUGCCCCAUCACUGAUAUGAUGCUGGAUUUCAGGCCCAAAGGCACCUGGGCCUGGCAGAGCCUUAAAGCCAAUUCCACCACUCAGCUCUUCCUCAGUGAGCUGCGGGAGGCAACCUGGUAUGAGCUCAAAAUGAAGGCCUGCAACAGUGCUGGCUGCGGUAACCAGAGCUCCCAGUUUGCCACCACCGAUUACGAUGGAAGCACAAUCCCUCCCAUUAAAUCGGCCCGUGGGGAGGGUGACGAUGUGAAAAAGUUGUUUUCCAUCGGUUCUCCUGUCAUCCUGGUCACCAUUGGUGUUGCUCUGCUCUUCAUUAUCCGCAAGAAGCGUAAAGAGAAGAGAUUGAAACGACUUAGAGAUGCUAAAAGCCUUGCUGAGAUGCUCAUCAGUAAGAACAAUCGCAGUAUUGACACUCCGGUGAAGGGCCCUCCGCAGGGGCCACGGCUCCACAUUGACAUACCCCGCGUUCAGCUCCUCAUUGAGGACAAGGAAGGCAUCAAACAAAUAGGAGAGGACAAAGCUGCGGUGCCAGUGACAGACACAGAGUUCAGCCAAUCAGUCAACCCGCAAAACUUCUGCACAGGCGUGUCUCUUCACCAUCAAGCCCUCAUCCAGAAUUCUGGACCUCUGAUUGACAUGUCCGAUAUUCGUCCUGGCACUAACCCUGUUUCCCGAAAGAGUAUCAAAUCAGCCCACAGCUCCAGAAACAGAUACUCCAGUCAGUGGACGCUCAGCCGACCCAGUCAAAGCCAGUCCACAGCCUCCGCGCGAACUCUGACCUCAGACUGGCGGACCAUGGGCUCUCAUGGCAUCACCGCCACUGAGAGUGACAGCUACAGCGCCAGCCUCUCCCAAGACACAGAUAAGGGUCGUAACAGCAUGGUGUCUACGGAGAGCGCCUCGUCUACCUACGAGGAGCUGGCCAGGGCGUACGAGCACGCCAAGCUGGAGGAGCACCUGCAGCACGCCAAAUUCACCAUCACGGAGUGCUUCAUCUCUGACAGCUCCUCUGACCAAAUGACCACGGGCACCAACGACCCCGCGGACAGCAUGACCUCCUUGAGCACGCCGUCCGAGCCGGGCAUCUGCCGCUUCACCGCCUCGCCGCCCAAACCGCAAGACUACGACCGUGGUAAAAAUGUGGCUGUGCCCAUUCCUCAUCGCGCAAACAAAAGUGAAUUCUGCAACCUCCCCCUUUACAUGAAGACGGAUCCCUUCUUCCGCAAGCAAGGGGAACUGCACGAUCCUUGCCCGGCCGUGCCCCCGCGGGAGGCGUCCAUCCGCAGCCUGACGCAGCGUGCGUAUCACACGCAGGGCCGCCACAAGACUCUAGACUCUGCCAAGCAGCAGGCGCUGACGCUGGGUCACUCCGGACUGGGCAGUUUGGGUGCCGGCUCGGGCACGGCCACCUUGCCCCAGAGGACUCUCACCAUGCCCAGCUCCAACGUGGCGGCCACCGCCUCCACGUCCAGCACGAGCAGUAACCCCACCAACAGCGGUAACAAGAUGGGCGGCUCCAGAGACUCGCUGCUGGAGAGCAGCUCCUCCGCGUUGGGCCGGCUGCAGAAACAGAGCGCGGGGGCUUACUCCAAGUCCUACACGCUUGUCUAGUCCUUUCGGUGCCAUCCCGCCCCGCGGUCCGAGCCUCAAAGGGCACGCCACCGCAUUUUGUAUCCAACUAAAGGUGAGCUGCCCGCUGCCCUCUCCAUAGGUGUCCUCCUAUGCAGAGACUCGGCUAACUUUGCUUUUUAAUCUCCACGAGGGACUCUCGAAAAGAACUACUAACUCCCAACUAACAGUUAUGGCCGUCUGAUGCUGAGUUCUGGGGUUGUGCAGCCAAAUAUUAAUUAUCUGUGUGGAGCAAAAAGCUCUGAGUCCAUGAUGGCCAGGACAACAUGUCUUAUACGUACGUACACACACACACACACACACACACACACACACACACACUCCUAGUUUGAGUAGUUCUGACCAUUUGGAGGACUUUCAGUUUCUUCUUCUUCUAUGGUUUCCCCUUUGUAUGUCUCUCAAAUAACUAUUGGCAAUCGUCCUCGAAAAGAUGAUGUUCAGAUUCACUUCGAGAAGUCUCACUUAUCUCGACAGAUGUCAUGCCGUGACUAUAUUGACCAGUCAGGACAACUCAAAUGAACCAUCUGCAUUUACCCCACAUUGCAAAUAGAGAAUGUUUGCUAUUUAAAAAGAUUUAACAUAUAUAUUUCUAUAUAGGUAUAUUGACGUCUAAAUCUAAAUAAAAGAAAUGCUAUGCGCGCCGGCAAUGUAGUCAUAUUUACAGAUGUCAGUUAUUUACAAUACCAGACGGUCAAAUUUAAGAAGAAUGAGACAAUCGCUCAAUCGUGGGAAAAAAAAAUCAUUUAAUAAAGCUUUGACAAAAGAAAGAAUUAAAGUUAAGUAUGGAUGUUCUGAAUAAAUAUGAAAUAUAAGUGUCACUAUGUGGAAAUGGGAAAAGGCAAGAUGGACUCAUGAUUUAAUAUUAUUAUUAUCAUUAUUAUUAUUAUUGUAUCGGGUGACUGGAUGAUUCGCAUUCUAGUUGGAGUCGGUCUUUGCAUUUUAUGUGCAUUUCAUGAAUAAAAUCACUCCCAAACUUCAGUCCGGUGUCUUUAACCAGCAGAUGCUGCUGUUAUCGUCAUGACAACCAAGCGCCCAGUCAACCCAGUUGAAGGAAUCCCAGUAGCGAUGUGAGCGUUUCGAGAUUUUUAAUGCCUGGGUUUUGAAUGCUAGUUAGCAAAUCGUCACCCGAUGAAUAUCUUCCUUGAUGUCCUGUCUGAAGUACUGUAAAAUGUCCCUCAAAUGUGUACAUUCACACAGGAAGCUACUGGAAUGCCUCUCUGAAGCAUCUCCGUGAUAGAUUUUGUGCUUUAUAUUUAUCUUGUACGUUUGUUUCGGGGCGGGUUUAUCUGUUGGUCAUUCCAUUUUCAUCUGAGUUAGUUGGGCUUUAAUGAAGAUGUAGAGAUUCUAGACUAAAGUCAAGUACGUGGCCUGUCAGCCAAAGCAAAUCAGGGACUCGUAGCUCUUUAUGUCACACAAACUGCUAUUAUGUACAUAAAUAACAAGAGUGGAGGAUGAAUGUCAAAAUGAUGCGUUCGGGCUCCUCUCACUUGCCCCCCCCCCCCCCCCCCCCCAGCCUUCCUCCUUGCAGAUGAAAGAAAAGUGAAAAUAUUCUGACCCCACAACCAUAUUAGAUGCAGCAUCUGAUACUUUUGUCUGUGUUGUUUAUAGAUAGUCUUGUACAUAAAACACAGUUUUGUAUGAAGAGCUAUUUUCGUCAGAAUGGUUAAAGGGGACACGUCAUGGUUGAAUCCCCCCAGUUUCAAGAAUUGAAAAAAAAAAGUCAAAAAUACAGUAUAUUACUUCUGAAUGGGUAAACACUUUCUUUUCUCCUUUGUUUUGAUACUAAUUUGUCAGUUUUCUUUUUUUUGAAAGGUCUUUGAUGUUAAUGUCAUUUGUUCCAUUUUUUUAAAGCAUCAUUUUGUAUUUUGUUGAUCCUCUAAAAAGUCAUUGCAUGCUAGCUAAAAGGGAAACGUUUGAAAGAAAAUAUGUAUGAAAAUCAAAAAUGUCCAAAAAAACAAACAAACAAACAAAAAACAAAAACAUGUUGAGGGUAUACCAAACAUUUGUUUGAGUUGCUUGUUACGGCAAUUGCUUGUGUUCAAAAGUACAUUUUCUAUGAAAAGAAAGCAAAAACUAAAAAGAUCAUUCUAACACCUUGUGCAAUAAAGCUAUCUUUCAUACGU